AUGGAGGAAGGAAAAUUAACUGGAAAUGAAGCUAAAGAGUUCAGGAGAGUUGCGAGGGAAUUGUCAGGAAAAAACUGGAAGAACGCGGGAACGAAGGGUCUUUGGAUCAAAUUGCCAAUUGCUCUAGUCAAUCUUGUCCAAGCUGCUGUAGAUGAAGGUUUUUGGUAUCACCAUGCUGAGCCAGAAUAUUUGAUGCUUGCAUAUUGGCUUCCCAAAACUAAACAGGUUCUUCCUUCAUAUGCCACUAACACAGGGCACAUUGGAGCAUUUGUUAUGAAUGACAAAAGAGAGGUGUUCGUAGUCAAAGAAAAUAGAGGAAUGUUCAAGAGGAUGGGUCUGUGGAAGUUCCCUACUGGUUUUGCUGAAGAGGGUGAAGACAUUUUCGCAGCUGCAAAGAGAGAAGUCAAAGAAGAGACAGGAAUUGACUCAGAAUUUGUGGAAAUACUAGCAUUGAGACAUAGGCACGAGCAAUUCCAUGGAAAGUUUAAUUUAUUCUUUGUCUGCAUGAUGCGACCCCUCUCUUUUGUCAUCCAGUGGCAGGAUUCUGAACUAGAGGAAGCACAAUGGAUGCCAUUAGAGGAGUUUGCAGCUCAACCAUUAGUGAAGGAAGUGGAAUUCCUAAACCAUAUGUAUGAAGUAUGCAAAGCAAAGGUUGAUGGGGGAUACUCUGGAUUUUCUCAACUACCUGUAUCAGGAUUUCAUGAUGAUGUUGGAGAGAGCUCCUUUUAUUUUAAUGCCAUGGAUCUGAAGAAUGCCGAGGAUAAUGCCGAGGAUCCGAAGAAUGCCGAGAAAAAUGUCGAGGAUCUAAAUAAUGCUGCGAAUGCCAAUACGAAGAUGAGGUCUAGAUGCUGUUGUGAUGGAUGGGGAUUUGUUGUGUAUGUGACGCUUUUUGCAUCUAACAUUCCCCUCACUUUGAAUGCCGAGAAUAAUGUCAAGGAUCUGAAUAAUGCUGCUAAUGCCAAGGAUACGAAAAUGAGUCUAGGUGCUGUUGUGAUGUGA